AUGCAGAUUAGCACCACCGCCUCUGCCACCAAGGAGGCCAAGCUUUGGGGUGGAAGAUUCGAGGAGAGCGUCACCGAAACCGUCGAAAAGUUUACCGAGUCAAUCUCCUUCGACAAAGCCCUUUACAAGCAUGACAUAAUGGGCAGUCGGGCCCACGCCUCCAUGCUCGCUCGCCAGGGAUUAAUAAGCGAGAGUGAUGCGGAUAGCAUUCUGAAAGGCCUUGAUGAGAUUGAGAUGCUGAUUGAUAACGGAACUUUUGUGUGGAGAACGGAUAGAGAGGAUGUUCACAUGAACAUUGAGGCUGCUCUUACCGACUUAGUUGGCGAAGCUGCUAAGAAGUUACAUACAGCCCGCAGUCGGAACGACCAAGUUUGCACUGACCUUCGUCUCUGGUGUCGUGAUGCAAUUGACAACAUCCUUUCUCGAAUCAAGCGUCUCCAGGUUGCGCUAGUAAUGCUGGCUAUGAAGAAUGAGGGACUGAUAGUUCCUGGAUAUACUCAUUUGCAAAGGGCUCAACCUGUUCUACUACAACAUCUUCUUUUAGCAUAUGUUGAGCAGAUUGAACGUGAUGCUGGCCGUUUGGUAGACUGCCGGGUAAGAAUUAAUUUCUGCCCACUGGGCGCCUGUGCGUUAGCUGGAACUGGUCUGCCAAUUGAUAGGUUUAUGACUUCUGAUGCAUUGGGAUUCACUGCUCCCAUGAGAAACAGCAUUGAUGCAGUUUCAGAUCGAGAUUUUGUUUUGGAGUUACUUUCUGCAAAUUCCAUCACGGCAAUCCAUCUCUCUCGGCUUGGUGAAGAAUGGGUAUUGUGGGCUUCAGAAGAAUUUGGGUUUCUCAAUCCUAGUGACUCUGUUUCAACUGGAAGCAGUAUAAUGCCACAGAAGAAGAACCCAGACCCAAUGGAACUUGUUCGAGGGAAAUCUGCCAGAGUUGUGGGAGACUUGGUUUCACUUCUUGUAUUGUGCAAGGGGCUUCCUCAGGCAUACAACCGAGAUUUACAGGAAGACAAGGAGCCUGUAUUUGACAGCGUUAAGACAAUAUUGGGAAUGCUUGAAGUGUCAGCAGAAUUUGCACAAAACGUCACUUUUAACUGGGAAAGAAUAAAGAGUGCUCUACCUGCUGGUCAUCUUGAUGCCACAACGCUUGCUGACUACCUUGUCAAGAAGGGAAUGGCAUUCAGAACUUCUCAUGAUAUAGUUGGCAGGUCUGUUGCCUUGUGUGUUACCAGUAACUGCCAACUUCAGGAGCUGAGUCUCGAUGAGUUGAGAAGUAUAAGUCCAGUGUUUGAUGAGGAUGUAUACGAGUUUCUUGGAGUCGAAAAUUCAGUAAAAAAGUUCAGUUCAUAUGGCUCCACUGGUUCAGAAUGCGUUUCAGAUCAACUUAACUACUGGGUCGCUAAACUUGGCAUUAAUGGAUAA